UAAUAAAGAAUUAGAUAGCGAAUACAAAGACGAAACUUUUUUCGCUAGCGGCUUUCUACUGAUAUCCGUAUUUUUGUGAGAAAGAGAUCCCUAUGUGAGCCAUGUUUUAUCGUAACUAUGAAAAGUGACACUUGAUGGUCUUGGAAAUUAUUUUUAAAGGAAAAACCGUCUAACAACUUAAAGGAGAAAGCAGGAAUUUGUUGUAGUUACGAUGUUAGUUAAAGAGUUUUCCCUCGCGCUGUUGCUGCUUUGCUGCAAAGUCUGUGAAGCUGCCAAGCACGAAGCGGACUCUGCCAGAGUCGAUUCACCUACUGCAAAACAGCUCUUGCUCAAGAUCGUGCCAAAGGGGGGUUUACCAACGCUCCCAGAUGGCUUUCCCUCACUGGACGAGCUAAAGACGGACAAAUUUGACUACACCAUUCGCAAGGGUAAAGUGACGGCAAAGAUCGAACUGGAAGACCCAGUGAGCAUCAUAGGAAAUGGCAUGAAGGUCCAUGACGUCAUCAUGUCAUUUGAAUACAACAAGCGCGGAUGGCGGCAAGGACAUUGGAAGUUCAAUGCUGAAGGUAAAUGGCGGCAGGGCAACAUGACAGCUCGUGUGCAAAUCGAAGAGUCCAAGGUGGGCAAGCACCACACCCUUGUCGCUGCUUCUGACUGGCUGAACGUGUACGAGGUUGCUUCGUCUAUCUCCGAUGGGAAUAGCAUCGAGGCGGCAGGCGUUAGCAUGGAUGUUCUCCGCAAUUUAACUCUCAAAGACGCAGAAAUGUACUCCGUGUUUAAAGGCGGAGAUGACUAUGUGUUCAUGGUCUCUGGUACUCCAUUCUUGGAAGGAACUAAAGUAAAAGAUUGUAAAGUCUUCGUACGCAGUUUGCCCAACAAACCUGGAAUUUUCUCAGUCCUUUUGGAGUUUCAACAAGAUUACCCUUCACGAGUUUUACUAAAGCUAAUGAGCGACAAACUCUUCCAAAUACCAUUCAUCAAUAACUUGAUCGGGAGAACGCGACUGUUCAGGACGUCGGAGACAAAUUUUGGGUUCGUCGCGUCAACGGGUGAUGUGGACAAGUUGCCACUCAAGUCCUUUAGCGACGGGAUUCUAUCCAAAGAGCUCGAGUCACACAUCUCGAAAGGUCUGACCCUUCUGCUACCAAUACAACUCGGAGGCGAGAACGAUAAGCCAGUGAGAGUCGCCGUCCAAAUUAACCCGCCCUCUGUCAAAUUCCUGACGGGAAAACACGAGACGGUGAGCGUGGCGCAGACACUCAAGGCAUUAUCUCCUUCUACUAAAGUAGACGCAUUACCGCUGAACUUUCCAGAUCUCUCUACCAUCAACAUCAAUCAUUUCAGCUACGACAUCGACCAAGGGUCUUUCUUUGUGUACAGCCGCGUUAACCAGGAAUUUUGGGCUGUGCCAGGACUUCUAUCCCUGGCUGGUACCGAUGUUAUGUUCAGACACCGAGUUGAUGACCAGGUCGAUACCUGGACAUUUGAGGGAACGGGGUACUCUCAGCUUGGGGGGAACCUGGCCAAGAUAUCAAUCUCCACAGACGAGGAGACUAAGGUUGUUUCUUUGUCUGGGACGGCAGGACAGAUGUCAGUAACUGAACUAGUGAGGCAGUAUAAUUUGUCAUUCAUCCCUGACGAAGAGAGCAGGAAAAUUGUCGAAAAGAGUAAAAUGAAUGACUUUUUCUUUGUAAACCCGCAAAUUAAAUCAACCACGAGCGAAGGAAAAUUGAUGAAUAGAUAUCUACACAUUUCUGGCAAGGGACAUUUUCCAGGCGUGAAGAGAUUAACUGAAGCAGAAGCGAUCGUUUAUGAAAACAAUGGCAGAUUACAGACAGCUGUUGGAUUUAUAUUUCCAAAAAUCCCAAUGAAUUCACUCAUAGACGCAAUAACCGGCUUCCAAACAAGUAACUUAGAGCUACUUCAUAAUAGCUUCAACACAUCUAUCGUGUUAUCCCCGGAGAGCGAUCAUUCCAUGUUCGACAACCCGACUUUAUCGGGGCUCUCCUUUGAGCGUGGUAUGACGCUUAUUGGUUUGUUUAAAGUUCCAGAAGACUGCGAGGGGAGUAAGGUGUGUGAAUCUGCGCAGAUGUUCUUGGAUGAGCAGUGGUACAGAGUCCAAGGCCUAAUCACAAACGGUGGACUCAAUCUUGCUGGGAUGUUGACCAAAGACUAUAUGCUUGGUACAGACCUUCUCCUGAAAGACAACAUACUUGAGUUCACAAUCGGUGAACAAUCCACAUUCGCAAUUCAUAGUAAGCUUAAGUUACCGCAAGAAAAUCUUUCAUUCGCUGGCACUGUGAACUUCAAUAAUGAGACUGUUCUUCUUGAGAUGGAGAGCGAUGAUAAGAUUGUGCGGAAGUUUACUGGCGGAGUAAUAGGAGUAGACAAUCUCGCCUUCUCAACUCCAAUCUCAAAAUUGGCGCCUCUCAAAGAGCUCAAGCUGACAGGCCACAUGACAUUAGGAGAGUAUGGAAACCCAACCGCGCGCGUUGCAGACGCACAAGUCGCGUAUAACCCCUCGUCACCCGCACUCAGCCGAAUCCUCGCGAAGUUCGACAACAUAACCUUUGAGGAUCUCGUUGACGCGCUUGAAACAUCCAAGAUAGUGGUUCCUCGGAUCCUGAAAAUAGCAGAGUUCACGGAAGGCUUCACAGCAGUCUAUGACCCAACUGUUCAAGGAAAUACCACGUUUUUCAUCAAGGGAGCACUGCACGUGUUUGAUAAGUACUUCAAUGCGUACAUCACAAUGAAAGACCCCCAGCAUCUAGUCGUGGACACUGAGCAUGCCCCGUCGCCUUUCGUACUUUCAGGAGGUUCAGUUGUCAUCCAGAGAGAUGAGGCGACUUCUAGAGGUGGACCUCGUCUUCACGUCGAGGUCUCGCCCAAUAACACACAGGUUAGGCUGCUAGGGUUUGCAAAGGCUCUCGGGAUUAGUUCGAGCGUUGGGGUUGACGUCACAGACCAAGGGACUGGAUUUCCCAUAUACGGGAGGCUGUUUGACGUGAAUGACGUGGGGCUACUAAUAUCCUCGCGGGAAUUUCUGAGUGACAUGGAAGGCACGGAGUACUCGGCAUACGGAUGUUUACAAAGUAUCAACCAGAACGUUACAGCCGCUGUAGAGAACCUCGUGAAAGCAGCAGCCGAGGAAGCAGAUAGCUUCAUCCUCCAGGCUAACGAUAACCUUCGCGAGGCCAAGGGGUACUACCGCAAGGCUAGUAAAAAUGAGCAGUUUUUCCGCGAAAAACUCGACAGUGAGUCCGCCAUACUAGAGGAAAGAGAACGAGAGGUUUGGAGUGCUGAGGAAAGAUACAACAACAGCUGCCAGUUAGGCCACUGCAAGAAAGCGUGUAUCGGUUGUCCAGACUGGAACCGAUGUUGUACUCGGGACGUGUUCGGCAACUGUGUCGAGUGUCCUUCGUGGAAUAAGUGCUGCUACACGACCGGGGACCCUGUGUGCGUGGCUAAGAACCACGGCUGUCAGCACAUCAGAAAAGUUGCCGAGGGAAACUUAGAGGACGCAAAGGACAUUCUUUUGGAGCAAAAGAAGCACGUCCAGUUGUUGAGUAGGAAGGUCUUCGAUGCGGAAUUCUCCAAAGGGAAGACUAAAGCAGUACUUGACGCCGCGGGGAAAGCGUUAUCCCUUAUUGACCGCGAUGCAUCGACUGGCAUAUCAGCAUCAAGAGCGAUAAAAAGACACGGAAUAAACGGGCUACUCAACCUUACAAGCAUCUGCUUUACGACACCAGUUGAGAGACUCGCAACCAGCUGCAUACCAAUGAACAUCUCAGCGUCGCUGCUUGGAUCUAACGACGUCAAGUCCCUGCCAUUCAGCGCGUGUCUCAACAAGCAGCUGGUACCAAACAUUGCACGCUUCCUGGCAAACACAAUGUUCCCUGAGAUCAGUCGGGCCAGGACAAGGAGGAGCCUGUUAAGUGAGGAGCGCGAGCGUUACUAUGACGAUGGAGAAAAUAUAGAGAAGACAACCGAACAUACGCGAAAACGGCGUGAUGUCAAAGUUAGCGAUGAAGUCGUAGAGAGAUCCAAAGAGAGAAUAGAGCCAUUCUGGGAUCUCAUUCACCAACACAAUCCUCUCGAUGAGGCGGCUAAACCCAUUCCCAACCACCCUGCCAUGGGAAAAGCCACGCUAAAACGCAAGUGGAAGAUACCAGUAUCUCGUCGCGGUCGCUGCAAAAUCUACCAUCAGUUGCUCAACAUUUGCCGUGAUAUGAUGAAGACGGUAAAGCGCAUGUACGGAACAUAUAUGUACGAGAGAUACCUGUUCGCCAAGGAGAAGGACAACUUCAGACGGCGUUUGAGACGUGUCACUAAACAGCUAGAGCAGUCAGCCGAACUUGUGUCUGGCACCAAAGAUCAAAUCGUGGAGAUAGAGAAGAGCCUCAAUUUCCUCAGUAAUGGCGUUCGCAAAUGGAUGGACAAAAGCAACAAGGAAAUCAAGCGCCAGGAGAUGAUCAGCGUCAAGGCAUGGGUCAAGGGCAUGGACUCUAGGAUCCAGUCUCUCGGUGGAGAGGGUGUCAAGCGUUUCCUAGGAAACCUGUUCAAGGCGUUUGAUGGUUUGUUUGAGAGCAGCAAUGUACCAUCCAAACAGGCGGGAAAAGCGUUGAGCGUCAUGCAGAGAGUGAAGCAGAUACAUUCGGCUUUUGGGGAGAUUUUCAAGAAAAACAUCACCUUGGCUCGCGCCAACUACUACGCCGAUCGAGUUUUGUAUGACGUCACUGAGAUCAAGGAUAUUGGCGUCUAUUGCCGGAAGUGACGUAGAGCGACACGUAGCCAACAGUCAAAGCGGAAUAGACAAGCCUCUUUGAAACAUGAAUAUCAUUGUUUAUAGUAAAAAUUCUAGAUACAAAAAAAUCAAACAUUAGUAUAUAAAAAUAAUUAAUGCUGAGUGAUAAAGUGUGUUUUCCAUGAAAGGAGUGAUAGCUACUUGUGUGGUACUUCACGUUCGUGACAAUCGACGUGUGUGGUACUGACGUGCGCGUGACACAUGUCGUAUGUUUGGUUCGUGACAUGCCUAACACGUGUCGUGUGUUUGGUUAGUGACAUGCCUGACACGUGUCAUAUGUGUGGUUCGUGACAUGCCUGACACGUGUCAUAUGUGUGGUUCGUGACAUGCAUGACACGUGUCAUAUGUGUGGUUCGUGACAUGCCUGACACGUGUCAUAUGUGUGGUUCGUGACAUGCCCGACACAUGUCGUAUGUGUGGUUCGUGACAUGCCUAACACGUGUUGUCGUAUGUGUGGUUCGUGACAUGCAUGACACGUGUCGUAUGUGUGGUUCGUGUUUUUUUUCUUUAGCGUGAUGGUAAACUAGACAAUAGAGAGCUUAAGCAAGUCAACAUGAACGGCAUCAAAAACGGCGCGCGCGCUCACGAAUUGCUAAAAAAUGGCGUUGACGUCCGUGACAGGAAAUCUCGAACGGCAGUUUCCCUAUUUUUACGUUCUACGCGCGCGGUCACGGACGUCAACGCCGUUUUUCCAACAAUUCGUCAGAGCGCGCGCCGUUUUUGAUGCCGUUCGUGUUGACUUGCUUAAGCUGUCUACUGUCAUGAGCAGAUAUCUGAGAAAUACAGAAACAGGGAAAAUCAUGCUUGUAUUUUAUAGCACAUAUGUCAUAUAGUACAUCCACAGUGCUGAAAAACGCAAAACUAGUUCCAGUACCGCGCGGUUAAACCAGCCUUUUUGUUUUGAAAUGGCGGCCACAUUUUGUUGAAUGCUAAGAAAACUAGCGCAAAGCUGAGGCUAUAUUUUUCUUGAUGACUCCCUCAUUAUCAAACAAAUCUGCCAUUUAUUAUAGAUUAGUCAAUACAGCGACUGAAGUCAGCCUUUCGUACCUUUUCGAACGAUUCAACACUAAGAUUGUGUGUGUUUUCGCCAGAGCACGCGCAUGCUCAUACGUUCUUCAGCACUGUCUAGUACAUCAUACCGAGAGGCACUACGAAGUAGGUCAUCAGCUUUUCCUUUGUCUUGUGGUCAGCCGAGCAAAGCGGCGCCAGCGAAGCAGGGUGAUAAUAGGGACCUUAAGCAACGACAACGGCAACGCGAACGGUGACGGCAUAAAACAGUUGAGAAUUCAAAGAACCAGACGUGAAAAAUACUCUGAAAUGGAUUCUGUCUGAUACAUUUCAGCCAAUUUCCUUCAAACUACAACGUGAAAACUCCAAGUUUCACGGUCUAGCGAGGACGGGAACGUGUGCGCUAAAAACUAUAAUAUCCUUGUUCGCUAUCUUAGGGCUUACUAUAGUUUUUUUUGGGGAAUACAUGAAUGACUGAAUUGUAUCAAAACUAGUUUAAAAUUGAGCGCAAAGUAUUAAAGCUGAUUUGGGGAUCACGUUCUCACUGCAGCGCCUUCGUCGUUGCUUAAGGUCCCUAUUGUCACUCUAUGCGAACCUCUGUCCUGCCUGCCUUCUAAUCUGGGUGUUUUAUUCAGAAAUAAUUUUGACCAUGUUUGUGCGAAGCUCACAAGCCCUUAUUAGCAGUUUUAAGAAUCCAAGUUAACAAUAUUUUACAGCUUCUAAUUUGACUAAAAGGAGAAUAGACUAGCUUUCAGACUCUGUAGAUAUUAAUGAUAUGAUUGAAAUCCGAAUGGAAGAUCGUUCGGGGCCGCAACAGAAGGGUCUGGAUUGAUGACGUAGUUCGAGGGACUGAUGACGUAAAUCGAGUGAUUGAUGACGUAAAUCGAAGGCUCUAUGUGGUAAAUUGGGGAAACGAUAAAGUAGACCGAGGACAAUCUGUCUUGUUUUCACGCUCAGACGUCGGACAGUAACCAGCUAGCUAAGGCAAUUAGCAGGCACAAAGUAGACAGCUUUUGCAUACAAAGGAUUAAAAAAGAUACCUUCGAAUUACGUAUGGUUGUGCCAACAGUCAUGCGCUGCGCUUAUUUAAUUCGAGCCAGGACAAAAAUUAGUUACUCAUAGUAAAUUUUUAUUAAAACGUAUAAAUAAGUGAGAGGGUUGAGAUGCCAAGUUCUGCCCCUCCAAGAAUGUUUUGGAUUAUGGAUAAAUAUACAAAUAAAGCAAGUAGUUUUCUAAAAA